AAUAUUAUAUAUUUGUAAGCCUCAGUUUACAAUGUAAAAUCUUUUAGUAUGACCUGACCCUUACAAAUACCUUCAUGGUGUAACUGUAAUGUUAAGUUGGUUGAAAUAUGAAGCACCUUUUUUGGUUUUAACUAUGUACAUGUAAACAGUUUUGGAUUAGCUUUAAAACUGACGAAACAUGUUUCAUUGCACAGUGCGUGCUGUCAGAAGGAUAGACAUUACCAUCAGAAGCCGCUGGUUCUUAAUUAUUAGCUUACAUAUUUCCAAAUAUGGUACCACCCAGAAGCCUUGUGAAUCACAUGACCUUCAGGACUGUGGUUUGUGUGUUUUGCCUCUCACAGUUGAAAACUGUCCUGUGUGCGUCUGAGAGUAUAAAAUUACAUUUUGAAUUUGGGUGCAGGCAGAGUGCUGUUUGCCAAAGGUGUCUCUGGGAAGGACCGCCACAUGCCCGCCCAGCUGAAUAUGAGCUCUUAUAUGUUGAGCUGCAGCGCUGGGAAUGAGUCAUAAGUGUUUGUUUUACUAUUGUCAUUGAUGUUUGUGUGCGUGUGUAAGUGUGCGAAUGUGUGUGGGGGUGGGAGCGUGUGUGUACUGGAGCCGGAGGGAGGGACAGACUGUUUUAUGUUGUCGGUAAAAAAUCCAAUUUUCUCCAAAGUUCCUUAUUAUACAGUUAUUAUAUUAUAUUAUAUUAUAUUAUAAUACUGCGGAUUCAGUGGAACUGGUUAUAUUUGAGUCAAACUGUACAAUUUUCCAGCCAUGAUUUAUUAUUAAUUUAUAUUUUUAUUAUUUAUUAUUGGUGGGACCUGAAUUUUCGUGACACCUUAUAAACGUUAGAAAAACAUUUACAUAUUGUCUACAUACACCUUCAUUCAAAACAAUUUACAAAUGAGCAUUACACAGCAUCGUUGCUUACAGCCAAGCAUAAAAUCUUCUUUGUUUCAUUUAGUAUAAUGUUCUUUUGUUUGUAUUUUACGUCAUUCUGCACUCAAGCUUAUUCAAACUGUAACCCACCCCUCCAGGCUCAUGUGCUUUGUGAAUAUCAUUUAGUUUGUAGUUUCAUAGCUAAAUCACAUCAUUUAGAGUUUUCCCCUGGCACAAUAUUAAUUCAUAGAAAUGAAAAGAAAACAUUUUAUCCCACUUUUAUUCAAAAGUAUUUUAUGACUUGGUUUGCCUCUUUCCAUCUCACUCAGAAUGGCAUUCUGUCCUGUAGUUUUACUGAAGCACCACUUUUGCUUUGGCUUUACAUUUAUUUGUGAGUAGCUGAUGGGCCGUUUGCCAUAGAAAGUCUGUGAUAUCUGUCCAAAUGCUUCUCAUUCGGUCUGUCUCUCCAUCUGCUGAACUGGAAGACGUUAAUCAAUGUCUCAUUUCUUGUUUUUUGGGGGGAAUUCUGUGUGAGGUUCUCAUCUGAGCUGGUGGGUGCUGAGACAUCUGAUGUGAGUAGAAUAAGAAGGCUGGACAAAUACAAGCCUAUCCCUAAUCCAAACACACUGUGUAAAUGCAGAGGCCGAAGGAUUUGUCAUAAUUCAAUAUUACAUUACGACUGUGAACAACACACCGGUCUGGGCGUACAGUUAGUUUGCACGUUGAAAUUUCUUCUCACAGUCCGGCAGAAUGGCUGAAACCACAGAUGUGUUUAAAAGCGUUCAUAGAAAGCCUGGUUUACAGAUCUGGACCAUCAAUAAAUUGCAAAUGAGCCCUGUUCCAGAGCAAGCAUAUGGAAAUUUCUUUGAGGGUGACUGCUAUGUCAUUGUUCAUGUGAGCGGUGACUCCUCAAAAUCCACUGACAUCCAUUACUGGAUAGGCAACAGUUCGUCUCAGGAUGAGCAGGGGGCAGCGGCUAUCUAUGUGUCCCAGUUGGACGGAUAUCUCGGUGGCUCUCCCGUUCAGUACCGUGAGGUCCAGGGAGCCGAAUCCCCCAAAUUCAAAAGCUACUUCAAGAAUGGCAUCAUUUACAAAAAAGGUGGCGUGGGAUCAGGCUUUACGCAUGUGGACACCAACGUGUACAACAUUCUGCGACUGCUUCACGUCAAGGGGACGAAACACGUGACAGCUAGAGAGGUGGAGGUGUCCUGGAGCAGUUUGAAUCUGGGGGACAUAUUCUUGCUGGACGUGGGAAAAGCAAUAAUACAAUGGAAUGGCCCCCAAAGCAACCGACAAGAAAAAUUAAAGGCUGUUCUGUUGGCUCAGGACAUCCGGGACAGAGAGCGUGGCGGUCGGGUUCAGAUUGGUGUGAUUGAGGGUGGACAGGAAGAAGCUUCUCCUGAACUCAUGAAGGUUAUGAUAUCUGUCUUGGGUCAAAGGUCUGGACACCUGAAAGAGGCGGUACCCGAUGACAAACCAGACCAAAACCAGAACUCUAACGUCAAGCUCUACCACGUGUCUGAUGCCAGCGGUCAGCUUAUGGUGCAGGAAGUUGCUGCCAGCCCACUGACCCAGGAUCUGCUGCGCUCCUCUGAUUGUUAUAUAUUAGAUCAGGGUGGCAGUUCGGUGAUGGUCUGGAAGGGAAAAAACGCAUCUAAGGAAGAGAGACGUUCAGCUCUGAGUCGGGGAGUUGGCUUUAUAAAAGCAAAGAACUACCCAUCGAACACUAAGGUGGAGGUUAUGAGUGAAGGAGGAGAAUCUGCCAUGUUUAAACAUCUCUUCAAGUCCUGGAAAGAAGCAGGUCAAAUUCAAGGCCUUGGAAAGACUCACGCUGUGGGCAAGAUAGCUAAAGUGGAUCAGGUAAAGUUUGAUGUCAUGGAGCUCCACGCUCAGCCGAAGCUUGCGGCUCAGGAGCGGAUGGUGGAUGAUGCGUCAGGUGAAGUUCAGAUCUGGAGGAUUGAACAACUUGAGCUGAAGGAGGUCAGCCCGAAAACGUAUGGACAGUUCUAUGGUGGAGAUUGUUACCUGGUGCUGUACACCUACAAUAGAGCUAAUAAACCCCAAUACAUCCUCUACAUGUGGCAGGGUCGUCAUGCCACAAAGGAUGAGGUGACAGCAUGUGCGUAUCAGGCCGUGAAUCUGGAUAACAAAUACAAUGGAGCCCCAACACAAGUCAGAGUGGUGAUGGGAAAAGAGCCCAAACACUUCCUGGCUAUCUUUAAAGGAAAACUCAUCAUCUAUGAGGGUGGGACGGGGCGAGCGGGUGUGGUGAACCCUAACCCUGGUGCCAGGCUCUUCCAGGUCAGAGGGUCGCAUGAAAUGAACACAAAGGCGACAGAGGUCCCAGGACGAGCCUCUUCUCUGAACACCAAUGACGUCUUUCUGCUCAAAACUGAUUCGGUCAUUUACUUGUGGUAUGGAAAGGGUUGCAGUGGUGAUGAAAGGGAGAUGGGCAAAAGCGUCGCCGACGUGCUCUCUCAGCAGGAUAAACAGAUAGUGAUGGAGGGGCAGGAACCAGCUGCUUUCUGGGUGGCUCUGGGAGGAAAAUGUCCAUACGCCUGUGACAAGAGACUGGAGAAAGAAGACCUGCCUCACUCUCCUCGCCUGUUUGAAUGCUCCAAUCAGACGGGCCGAUUCCUCAUGACCGAAGUGGCUGACUUUACACAGGAAGACCUGGAUGAAGAUGAUGCCAUGUUGCUAGAUACCUGGGAGGAGAUAUUCCUCUGGAUUGGUAACUCAUCUAACCAGUAUGAGACACAGGAGGCAAAUCUUUCUGCAGUGGAAUAUCUUCAAACCCACCCCGCUGGACGAGACCCCGGGACACCCAUAAUCACUGUUAAACAGGGCAAUGAACCCCUCACAUUCACUGGCUGGUUUGAUGCUUGGGAUCCUCACAAGUGGAGCGGCGGCCUUUCAUACGAGGAGAUGAAAAGCCAGCUGGGUGAAGUUUCACAAAUCACUGUGAGCGUUAACAACGUAGAUCCGAAUAAGAAAUCAGGUGGAGGUGCUGGGAGUUACACAGCUCCUGGAGGUCCAGGAAAUUUAAAGUCCAUAAACCAGCGAACACAGUCGUCCAGCUCCAGUGCACAGAGACAGUCUUCUGGUAAAGCACAGCAUGUGAGCUCUGAGCAGAUGGUGAAUAAAACCCCUGGACAAAUUCCUCAUGGAGGGGACUUUGACAAAAAAGAGGUCAGUUUGACAGAUACAGAAUUUGAGAAUCUCCUCGGGUGCACACGAAGUGAUUUCCAACGGCUGCCCAAAUGGCGUCAGAAUGACCUUAAAAAGAAGGCAGGACUGUUUUGAGAAUAAAUGUACUUUUAUGUGACAAAAUCUGAUCUUCAAAUCUGAUUGGUGAACUUUUUAGGGUAGUGUUGGGGGGGUCACUUAUGGGAGAAACUUUGAUUGGCCCAGGCUUUGCAAUGUAAGAUUUGUUUAUUUUAAAACAUCACACUUUUAAACAAAGUUGUCCAUAAUUUGAUAUAUUAUUUUGUAAAUAUCUUCAUAUUUAUGACAAUACUUAAUUGUAAUACAUUAUUGAAAUUACAUUGAAAUUAUGACUUGUGAUUUUGUCGGUCUUUUAGAGUACUUAUAAUGUAUAAAUCCUGUUUAGUAUACUAAUAAAAACAUGCUU